AUGGAGGAGAGGCGGUGUCCAGUAUGUAAAAGUGAUAUUUAUUUGAAUCCGGACAUAGUUAUAUACAUAAGUCCUUGCUUCCAUAAGAUGUGCGAGUCAUGCAUGCUUAGGAUAUUUAAUAGAGGGCAGGCACCUUGUCCUGAAUGCGGGACAAUGCUAAGGAAGAUAAACUACAUUAAGCCAACCUUUGAAGAUAUAACAGUUGAAAAAGAAUGUAAGGUACGAAAGGUUCUGAUGAAGGUCUUCGGAAGGGAAGAAGAAGAAUUUGCAGACGUUGCAAAAUACAAUGAUUAUCUUGAGAAAUUCGAGGAGUUUGUUUUCGAAGUUCUAAACAUAAAAGGUGAAUCCCUCGUGAAGGAAAGAAUAAAGGAGAUCCAGGAUAUGGGAGAAGGCUCCAUUCUUAACCCUAUACCAAAAACUAUUCCUGGAAAGAGCGUCCUUCAAACCAGAAAAAGGCAAAGCCACGAUCUGAAGGAGGAAAGGAGCAAAAUACAAAAGAUAGCCAUUACUACCGAUUACUUUGACCCAGAAGAACUCCCAAGAAUAAUAUCAAAUCCUGCUAGAGAAAUCUAUCUACCAAAAGGCUUUCUUAACCCCAGCCUUCCCGGUGGGUUAUCCUAUGAUAUAAUUAUAUCCUUUGCUAUCUCAUCGCUGUAUAACCCUAGUAUAUAG